AUGGACGACGCUGACCGGCAGGUGCUGCGGCGGUGCCGGGUGCAGCUGGUCAGCGAGCUGCAGGUGGCCAACCUCUGGGACGCUCUGCUGACCUGCGAGCUCUUCCAGCCCGACAUGAUCGAGGACAUCCAGAGGGCAGGCUCUGGGUCUCGGCGUGAUCAGGCCAGGCAGCUGGUCACAGAUCUGGAGACUCGAGGGAGUCGGGCCCUUCCUCUGUUCAUCUCCUGCUUAGAGGACACAGGCCAGCAUAGCCUGGCUUCAUUGCUGAGAACGAGUAGCCAAGCAGCAAGGCGGGACCCGGAAUCCAUCAGACACCUGGACCUCAAGCCUGUGGCGGUCAGACCAGAGGAGCUAAGAGCAGUGAAGCAGGAUCCGUCGGAGCCGGCCCCAGGUAGACUCCCUCCAGCGGUGUUGGGGCCCGAGGAGCUCUAUCCACAGGUUCGCAGACCAGGUGUGCCCAGGCCAGUGGACAUUAGUGCUGGAGGAUUCAGUGCUCAUGAGAGACAGAGGGGAAACCCUGACUUGGCGUACAUCCUGAAUGCAGACCCCUGUGGCUACUGCCUCAUUAUCAACAACGUGAACUUCUGCCGUAAGUCAGGGCUCAGCACCCGCACCGGCUCCCACGUGGACUGCGAGAAGCUGCAGAGACGCUUCCGCCUGCUGCACUUCGCGGUGGAGGUGGAGAGCGACCUGACUGCGCAGCGAAUGCUCCAGGCUCUGGAGGAGCUGGCGUGGCGGGACCACGGGGCCCUGGACUGCUGCGUGGUGGUCAUCCUCUCUCACGGCCGCCAGGCCAGCCACCUCCAGUUCCCGGGGGCUGUUUAUGGCACAGACGGGUCUGCGGUGUCCGUGGAGAAAAUCGUGAACCUCUUCAACGGCACUCACUGCCCCAGCCUGGGAGGGAAGCCCAAGCUGUUCUUCAUCCAGGCCUGCGGGGGAGAGAAGAAAGACCAAGGGUUUGAAGUGGUCUCCAUUUCCCCCGAGGACAGGGCCCCUGGCGGGAACCCCGAGCCAGACGCCCUCCCGUUCCAGGACCCCCCCGGCAGCUACGACCAGCCGGACGCCGUGUCCAGUUUGCCCACACCGAGCGACAUCUUUGUGUCUUACUCCACCUUCCCAGGCUUUGUCUCCUGGAGGGACACCAAGAGCGGCUCCUGGUACAUCGAGACCCUGGAUGGCGUCUUGGAGCAGUGGGCUCACUCGGACGACCUGCAGAGCCUCCUGCUCCGGGUCGCUAACGCCGUGUCGGAGAAAGGGACUUACAAGCAGAUCCCUGGGUGUUUUAAUUUCCUCCGGAAAAAACUCUUCUUUAAAACUUCAUGA